AUGAGCGAACCUUUCACUUGCAAACGUCGUGUACAUUUCCCACCCGAGGCAGAGCCCCAUCCCAAGGAGAUGAAGCCAUCCCGCGCCGUCGUGGAACGCCUGCCGUCGUCGUUGGAGCUCGUCAAGUCUGUAUGGUCCGAUGAGGAACACAAGACGUUGAAUAAUAGCGUUUUGCGGCUAAAUCUAUUCCAUCCGAAGCGAUCGAGGAGGAUCCUGAGGUCGCUGCCCUCUUACUUCACUCCGUGGUGA